AUGGAUAGAGAUGUCCCCACGUCAGCUUGUACGUCUAAGGAUUUCUGCUCCACCAGUCUGCCUCAAAGUGACUGGAGCGCAGCGUCGCGGAGGAACUAUGCGCGGAUUAAUAGCAGGUUCUCACAGCAGAAUAUGGAUUUUGAUGAGCGGAUUUCUGGCUCCAAUAUGUAUUUACCGAGCUGCACUUACUACGUCUCCGGAGCGGACUUCCCGGGUCUCCCUCAUUAUUUAACCCAGAGCCAGUCCUCUUGCCCCAUGACCUACUCCUACCAGUCCUCAGCGCUGCCACAGGUCCCGUCCGUCAGAGAUGUGGCUUUCAGAGACUAUGGCAUUGAUACUUCAAGUAAAUGGCACCACAGCAGGGGGAGCCUAUCGCAUUGCUACGCUGAGGACAUCGUGCACAGGGACAGCUGGACGAGCCCGGCCUCUCGGGGAGGGGAGAUCCUGGUGAAAAGCGGCUCCGGCGCCAGCCACCCGGGCUCCUCCAACCCGGCGCCGGGCUUCUACGGCAGCGUCGGCAGGAACGGCGUCCUGCCGCAGGCGUUCGACCAGUUCUUCGACACGGCCUACGGGAGCGCGGAGACCGGCGGCGCGGCGACGCACGCGGCGCAGGCGGCGGCGGCGGCGGCGGCGGACACGGACAGACACGCCAGGGCGAGCCCCGCUCCCGCGCACCCGGGCUCGGACACGGCGGAGAGCUGCAGCCCCAAGUCCUCCUCCGGACACAGCGAGGAGAAGCAGAGCAAGAGCAGCAAUGGCCAGAGGACGCGCAAGAAGAGAUGUCCAUACUCCAAGUAUCAGAUCAGAGAACUGGAGAGGGAAUUCUUUUUCAGCGUUUACAUCAACAAGGAGAAGCGUCUGCAGCUCUCACGGAUGCUCAAUCUGACAGAUCGCCAGGUCAAAAUUUGGUUUCAAAACAGGAGGAUGAAGGAGAAGAAACUGAACAGAGACCGUUUACAGUACUACACCACGAACCCCCUCCUAUAA